AUGAUAGACGCCACGGCAGGAUAUGAAAGGAUGAGCUUCCUCGACGCCUACUCUGGAUACAAUCAGAUCCCCAUGAAAUCAGAGGAUAGGAUUCAUACAGCUUUCAUAACAGAAGAUGGUUUAUAUUGCUAUAAAGUUAUGCCCUUCGGUCUAAAGAAUGCAGGCGCGACAUAUCAGAGGUUGAUGCAUAAGCUGUUUUCCUCAUUACUCGGGAGAAAUAUGGAGGUUUAUAUUGACGAUAUGGUCAUCAAGUCCAAACAAAGCUCUUCACAUAUAGACGACUUGACGGAAUGUUUCGACAUUCUUGAUGCUUAUAAAAUGAAAUUAAACCCCACAAAAUGUGUCUUUGGGGUGUCCUCUGGACAAUUCUUGGGAUACAUCAUCAGUCAGAGGGGCAUCGAGGCGAAUCCAACACAGAUUGCGUCCCUCUCAGAAAUUAAGGAACCCCGAACCAUCCAUGACAUACAGGCUCUGACCGGCAAAAUAGUAGCAUUAAGUCGAUUCAUAUCACGAAUGUCAGACCGCUGCCAACCCUUCUUACAGUGCAUAAAGAAGUCUACCAACACCACCUGGGGACCAGAACAGCAAAAAGCAUUGGACGAGUUGAAGACUUAUUUAAGCUCUCCUCCUAUAUUGAGCUCUCCUAUUGCUAAUGAAGAUUUAUUCUUAUAUUUGUCCGUCUCACAAUUCGCUGUAAGUUCCGUUCUUUUUCGAGAAGAAGCCAAUCGUCAGAGGCCAGUGUUCUACUGCAGCAAGAUGUUGUUAGAUGCUAAAACCCGAUACAGUAUGAUGGAAAAAUUGGCACUCGCACUCCUCACGGCCAAAAAGAAGUUACGACAAUACUUCGAAAGCCACACGAUCAUCGUAUAUACGGACUAUCCAUUAAAGCAGGUACUGAGUAAGCCCGACCUUUCUGGAAGAUUAUCUAAAUGGGCCAUUGAGCUUGGGACAUACAAUAUUCAGUUUUUGCCACGAAAAGCUAAAAAAGGGCAGGUACUCGCUGACUUCCUGGUUGAAAUUCAGUCAUUCACUCCUGACGCCCUGCCAGAAUUAUUAGAAUCAGAAGAUCAAUGGCUGUGGACAAUGUACACUGAUGGAGCAUCCAAUUCCCAAGGGGCUGGUAUUGGCGACGUAUUAGAAGCUCCCUCAGGACUCAAAAUCGAAGAAGCCAUCCGUUUAGAGCAAUCCGCAACGAAUAAUGAAACAGAAUAUGAGGCACUAAUCUAUGGUUUGGAACUCGCACGAGAAAUGGGAAUCCAACGUCUGAACGUCAGAGGCGAUUCGCAGCUUAUGAUAGAGCAAGUGGCUGGAAAUUUCGAUACCAAAGCACCCCAUCUGGCUAGCCUUCUACAGAAGGUAACUGACUUACAAUCGCAUUUUCGCCAGUUUGAACUCAUACUAGUACCCAGGGAGCAAAAUCAGAAGACCGACGCCCUUGCCAAAUUAGCUUCUGCAGGAGGAUGCACACGCCAGUCCUCCAUAUCCAUAAGCCGAUCAAGCAAAGAUAUGGAAGUCUAUUCCACCUCAUCAGAACCUGAAUGCUGGAUAGAUACGAUCAUAAAGUACUUGACCACCUCCGAGCUCCCACCUAAUCCGAAAGAUGCAAAACUUCUGCGCCUUCGGGCACAACGCUAUUCCAUGAUCCAUGGGAUGUUGUACCGAAAAUCCUUCAAUGGCCCAUACCUACGAUGUUUGCGCCCAUCAGAAGCUAAAAAAUUGUUAGAAGAAAUACAUGAGGGGACAUGUGGAAAUCACACAGGGGGACAGAGCUUGGCACACAAGGCACUUACAGCAAGGUAUUACUGGCCAUACAUGAUGACAGAAGCGCGGGAUUAUGCCAAAAAAUGCGACAAAUGCCAACGAUUUGCACCCACCAUCCAUCAACCUGCUCAAACCCUACACUCCAUCGUUGCACCUUGGCCAUUUGCAAAAUGGGGUAUGGAUGUGGUAGGUGAACUACCUAAGGCUGCUGGAGGAAGACGAAUACCCUGGGAGACAGUCGUCGACAAUGGCACUUCGUUCCAAAAUGCAAAGGUACAAGAGCUAUGCGACACGUACAAGAUCAAGCUAAGCUUCGCCUCUGUCACUUACCCACAGGGCAAUGGUCAAGUAGAGGCUUCCAACAAAGUCAUCUUUGCCAACAUUAAGAAGAAUUUGGAAGACAAAAAAGGAGCAUGGGUAGAAGAAUUACCGAAAGUGUUAUGGGCUUAUAAAACAACAAAAAGAUCCUCCACGAGGGAAUCUCCCUACGCCAUGGUUUAUGGAACAGAAGCUAUCAUCCCAACAGAAGUCGGUCUGCCUACACUUCGGACAGAGAUCGCAUCUGACCCAACAACGAACACCAUUCAAUUACUGCACAACCUAGACCUUCUAGAAGAAACACGUACAAUGGCACAAUUGCGACUGGAAAAUUAUCAGAAGGUAGCAGAACGCUACUACAACAAAAGGGUCCACUUACGCACAUUUCGAGAAGGAGAUUGGGUUCUGCGUAAGGUCACAGGCAAUAAAAAGAAGCUAGAGCCUAACUGGGAAGGGCCUUUCCAAAUCAUUAAAGUAUUAGGCAGAGGGUCUUACACUCUAAAGAAUUUACCAACACCCCCUGGCAAUACACCGUAUGUCUUUGAUCUCAAAACAUACACCUACAAUUCAAUAAACAAAGAGCAAUGA